AUGGCUAAUAUAGAAGUUCGAUUUAUACACUCCAUACUUUGUGUAGCCCACUCCUCUCCCAUCGACACUCCCAGCUUUGUGAAACCCACUUCUCUUCCACCAACACGCCAAAAUUUGCCAAAACCCAAACACAACGGCCAUUCAACAACAAAAAUCCGAGAAAGCCGAGAGAACGAUGCUAUAACAUGGAACGAACGUCAAGUCGAACGUUUCGUGCAGGAAGAAGUGGACAUUUCAGACAUCAAUUCAGCCGGAACCGCGUACGGUCCAGAUGAAGCGGCGCUGGACGAUGACAUCGAACAUGAGGAAGAGGACGAAUUUGAAAUACAAGAGGGCGAAUAUGAAUCAGAAGAGGAAGCUGUUUCGACCAUCAAAGACAACCUUAGUAUUCGAACGAUCAUUGACUGCACAAUCUCGCACUGA